AUGGAUCAGAUUGAGUUUCUGCACCAGCAGAAAAAUACGGAAACUAGAGCAAUAGGCUAUGGAACUGAGCAGAAACGGCUAGCGUUUGCGGCAUUUGAUGGACAGCCUUUCUUAAUGUAG